GCUGCUUCUGAGUUGAUUCCUCAAGCUGCCUGUGUUUAGUACCUAGGAUUCAGGCUCCUAACCAGCUGAGGCUGGACUCUGUCAUCAUCACACCUCAUCCCUAUUUUACAGGGACUUUCUGGUGGGGAUCAUCCUUGGAGGAGGUUCAUGGGCCUUUUCUUCUCUUCUCCAGGCUAAAUAGUCUCAGUUUCUUCCACUGCUUCUCAGAACCUGGUUAUGCUCCCAUGGAUAUUUUCCAUUUUAUCCAUAUCUUUGCAGGAAAGUUUACCUCAUGAUCAGUGACAUACCACGCUCUAUGAUGUCCCAAAUAUAGUGCUUAGGAUGUGAUGUGCCAGCACACAAUACAGAGGGACUGUCACCUCUUCACUCUUCACUCUUGAGAGCUCUGCCUUUCUGAAAGCAGAGAUACAUUAUUCUGCAGGAUCAUUGAGUUUUUACAAGCCCGUGGGUCUUUAUCAGAAAAACUACUUUCCAAGCUACCCCGCUCCCUCCCUCCCAUAUUGAGGCAUUUGCCUUUUGAAUGCAACUGUAAGAUUUUGCAUUUAUCCUUAUUGUAUUUCAUCUCACUAAGUUCAGCCCAGUGCUAAGAGUUCAUAAAGUUCUUUUUGGAUCCUGUCAUCUAGUGUCAUCUAGAUCUUUUGUGUCAUAACUAUGACUCUAUGUUUCUAUCCAAGCCAUUAAGAAAAAUGUUAAAUAGUGUCGGCCAAGCACAUUUCUGGGAUAUUCGCACUUUACCUUUGAACCACGAAUAACUACUUUGAGAUUCCUGCUAGCCAGCCGCUUUGGAAGCCAUCUAAUUAUAUUAUCACUUAUAUUCUAGAGCAUGUCUCUUCAUAUUUUCUACAAGAAUAGUAUGAGUGCUUUAUCAGAAACUUUGUUAAAACAAAGAGAUUUAGAUUUGUAGUGCUUCAGCCUAAUCUACUAUUAACAUACAAAAAAAAAAAAAAAAAAAAGGAAAUAAACUUACACUAGUCUGCCCUCAAGGAAACUAUAAUCUUGGAAGCUCUAAUUGUUGAAUGAUAAAAAAAAAAAAAAAAAAAAAAAAGAUGUUGGGGUCUGGAUGGAACUUAUUCCACCUAUUCUGAAAGAUAAAAAGGAGGAGGGACAGUAAUUCCCAACAUGGCGAGAGCCUUUGUGGAGGCAGUCCAGUUUGAAACAUUUGUAUGGUUAGAGAUGUCAUGUGAAAGUCUGCCAGACAGAGGAGUUGAUAGGUAAUGAGGAGCCAUGGAAGCAUUGUGAGGAAGGGUGUGACAUAGAGCAGAGUGGAGAGGGCUGGACUGGGAUUCAGGAGGGUUUCAGUCAUUCCAGCCUCAGAUGGUAAAUGUCCUGGGCCCCCUGGGCAGACUUGUGAGGGUCCAGGGGGAUGUUAUUCCUCAAGUCCUUUCUAAAUAUUUGUGUAUGCCAUGGACACUGAUCUCAGUUCCCAGGACAGGAAGGACUUGGACAAGUUCAUCAAGUUUUUUGCCCUGAAGACAGUCCAAGUGAUAGUCCAGGCACGUCUGGGAGAGAAGAUUUGUACUCGUUCCUCAUCUUCCCCAACAGGAUCUGACUGGUUCAACUUGGCCAUCAAGGACAUCCCAGAGGUCACCCAUGAAGCCAAGAAAGCACUGGCAGGGCAGCUGCCCGCCGUGGGGAGGUCGAUGUGUGUGGAAAUCUCGCUCAAGACUUCGGAGGGGGAUUCCAUGGAACUAGAAAUUUGGUGUCUAGAAAUGAAUGAAAAGUGCGACAAAGAGAUUAAAGUUUCCUACACUGUGUACAAUAGGCUGUCAUUACUGCUGAAGUCUCUACUUGCUAUCACUAGAGUGACACCAGCUUAUCGACUCUCCAGAAAACAGGGCCGUGAAUAUGUCAUACUCUACAGGAUAUACUUUGGAGAAGUCCAGUUGAACGGCUUGGGAGAAGGUUUCCAGACUGUCCGUGUUGGCACAGUGGGCACGCCAGUGGGCACCAUCACGCUGUCCUGUGCCUACCGAAUUAACCUGGCCUUCAUGUCUACCAGGCAGUUUGAGAGGACCCCUCCUAUCAUGGGGAUUGUCAUUGAUCAUUUUGUGGACCGUCCCUACCCCAGCUCCUCGCCCAUGCACCCCUGCAACUACAGGACGGCCGGGGAGGACGCCGGGCUCACCUACCCUUCUGUGGAGGACUCUCAGGAAGUCUGCACCACCUCCUUCUCCACCUCCCCCCCAUCCCAGUGUGUGUUCACUGUCAGUAAGGCCCAUUUUCAGACCCAUACUCCGGUGGUGACGGACACCCUGAGGGUCCCCAUGGCAGGACUGGCCUUUUCCCACCAACUCGCCAGCUCUCGCCUUUCCUAUCAGCCCGCCGCUCUGGGAAUUGGAUCAGCCGAGCUGGCCCAUCCAGUGGUCUUUGCUGCUGGCUCGAGCGCUGCCCACCCUCACCAGUUAAUGGUCCCGGGGAAGGAAGGUGGGGUGCCUCCUGCUCCCAGCCAACCUGCCCACGGCACCCAGGCUGACCAGGACAAGAUGGCCACCUGUACCCCAUCCGACGGCGCCCACUACAUUGUCACUCCUUCUAGCAGCGAAGACACCGAGACCGUGUCCAACAGCAGCGAAGGCCGGGGCUCCCCCCACGAUGUCUUGGAGGCCCUCCUGGUGCGCAAAGUUGGAGCGCUGGUCAACAACUCGGUGGAUCAGGUAACGAUGACCAACCUGGACAUCCCCUUUGCCAUGUUUGCUCCCAAGAACUUUGAGCCGGAGGAUAACGAUCCCAUGGUCCAUCCUCCGGACUCCCCGGACACCGAGUCUCCUCUCCAGGGCAGCUUGCACUCUGAUGGGUCCAGCGGCGGCAGCAGCGGAAACACACAUGACGACUUUGUCAUGGUCGACUUUAAGCCCGCCUUCUCAAAAGACGAUAUUCUGCCCAUGGACUUGGGGACCUUCUACCGAGAGUUUCAGAACCCCCCUCAGCUCAGCAGCCUCUCCAUCGACAUUGGGGCCCAGUCCAUGGCCGAGGACCUGGACUCGCUCCCAGAAAAACUGGCCGUGCAUGAGAAGAACGUCAAAGAGUUUGAUGCCUUUGUAGAGACCCUCUAGAGAAGCCGGCACCCUCCCCAGCCCCCAGCAGCAUCAGCAGCCCCCUUCCUGGACACCCCAAGACCAGACACCGUCCCCCCUUCUCUCUCUCGUCUAUUAUUUAUUCAGCUUCAAUUCAGGCCAGGAGGUGGAAGGCAAGAGGGAAGUGGCUCCCCCUUCUUAGUCUCCGACUCCUCCUGGUCAAACCCAGGGCGUUGAAGAGGGCCCCACCCUGCCCUGUUGGAGUUCUGGGUUGUAACCUGCCCAAAGGGCCAGGAGAAAGGCCCGCCGGCGGAAGAGGGGGCUCGCCCCCCCUCCCCGAGCCAUAGCCACACCCUCCACCACACAGCGCCCUCCAGCCUUGCCUGUCCGACCAGAGAUCCAGCCUCCUCGGCCCGGCAGCCUCUCCCCUCGAGAUCGGGCCCACACCGGGGAUGACCGCCCUACCACCGGGACCCGGGAAUGAGGAAGUCCGGCAGGAGCGCCCACGGGCCAGGGGCCGGGAAAGAGGAGGGCGCCUUCUCUGUCCCGGGCCUGGCCGCCCUGCAGGUGAGCUGGGCCAGGCUGCGCCGGACUGCUCCAAGGGCCGUGGCCCCCCCGGGCCCCACUCCAGCCCCCCGAGGCCCACAGCACCUGGGCGCCCCCCUCAGCCAGGGCCAUGUCGCUGCGAGUUGGAAGCCAGGACGUUCCUCCGCCCCUCCCUCUCCUGCUCCCGCUGCUGCUCUGUGCUUAGAAGUAAGCAUCAAACAGUAAAUAUUUAUUGCUUUAAAAGAGCUGGGAUUGUUUUUCAAGGGCAAUGGAAGUGGGCUCUUUGACCCCGGCUAUGGCCCUGGGAAGGCCGGGUCGUCCUGUGCCCCACAGGGCGCUCUGAGAUGCCGGAAGUGACCUCAGGGCAGCGCUUGCCACUGCCCAGAAUCGCCGCCUUCCACCCGCUGGACACCGGCUUCUCGCACGCCCGGGCCUCUCCCGCCCCUUCUGGGAGGGGCAGAAGCUUUGAGCUUGAGGAGUCACGCUGGCGGGCAAUGCCCAAGGCCACUGUUGGGUGUUCACCGCCUCUCACUGCAGGGCUUGGCCCCCACGGAGGGACUGGGGUCCGUGACUUCAGGCCUUGGUCGGCAGCUGCAGCAUGGCACGCCCUGGCCCAGGCUGGCACGGGGAUUGGUGUGUGGUCUGUACUAGGAGGGGCACAGCGGGCAUGGGGACCCCGGGGCUCCUUGGCCCUAGGUCAUCCUGAUCAGGGGACAGAGGUGAGUGGACCUCUGUGGGCCGUGGGACCCCAGCUUCAGAUUGUGUGGGACGGCCCCACAAGGCCUGGAAGGGGGAGGGCACCUUGGAAGCGCUUGGGCCGCUCCCGGCUCCUCGGGGGUCAGCUUCUCCUUGGCCCCUGCAUGGAAAUGCUGUCUCAGCCAGGAGCUCCGGAGAAUGCAUGCUGCCCUCUGCAGGCAGUGAGGAGCUCGGGGCCCCGGGGGCGGCUCCCCAGGACUACAGGAGAGCGCUGGCUGCCAGCCCAGCCAUGGCGGGUUCCUCGUCUGCCAGCCCCACUCGGCGCCAGGGGAUGUGGACCUCGGGCUGGCUCCGUCUCCCGGAGAUCGGGCACAGCUGGUGAUGCUCGGCCCAGAGAGGAGAAUCCUCACUCGCCCCUUACCGGUGUGACCACAUAGAGCUGUACUUUCAAUCAUAUUCUCAAGAAAUUUCCAAUAAAACUUUUCUGUACACGAUAA